AUGGCCUUUCAUAAGCUCCUGGAGGCAGUUGGCGGCCUGGGCAGGUUCCAGCUCCUGCAGAUGGCUUUCCUCUCCCUCUCCUGCUUCCUCGUGUGCCCUCAUAUUUUCCUGGAGAACUUCACUGCAGCCGUCCCCGGUCACCGCUGCUGGGUCCCCACCCUCGACAAUGACACCGCCUCUGCUAAUGGCACCGGGAUCCUGGGGCAAGACGCCCUCCUGAGAAUCUCCAUCCCGCUGGACUCGGACCUGAGGCCAGAGAAGUGCCGCCGCUUCCUCCACCCCCAGUGGCAGCUCCUUCACCUGAAUGGGACCUUGUCCAACACGAGUGAGCUGGACACGGAGCCCUGCAUGGACGGCUGGGUGUAUGACCCCAGCGCCUUCGCCUCCACCAUCGUGACCAAGUGGGACCUGGUGUGUGAGUCUCAGUCACUGAAAUCAAUGCCCAAGUUCUCGUUCAUGGCCGGAAUGCUGGUGGGAGGCAUCGUCUAUGGCCAUUUAUCAGACAGGUUUGGCAGGAGGUUAAUUCUCAAGUGGUGUUCACUCACGCUCGCCAUUGCUGGGACCUGCGCGGCCUUUGCUCCGAUGCUCCUUGUUUACUGCUCACUGCGCUUCCUGGCUGGCUUUUCUACCGUGGGCAUCCUGACCAACAGUCCUGUGCUUAUUAUUGAGUGGACAGCACCCCGAUUCCAAGCCAUGGGAAUGACAGUGACUGUCUGCGCUGCUUGCGUGGGACAGAUGAUUCUGGGAGGAGUGGCUUUUGUCAUUCAAGACUGGCACAUCCUUCAGCUGGUGUAUUCUAUACCAUUAUUUGUCUUGUUUCUUUCCUUAAGGUGGCUGGCAGAGUCUGCUCGGUGGCUGAUUAUCACCAACAAACUCGAGGAGGGCUUGAAGGAACUUAGGAAAGCUGCCCACGUGAAUGGAAGAGAGAAUGCCGGAGACACCCUAACCAUGGAGGUGCUGCGGGCGACCAUGCGGGAGGAGCUGGAGGCGGCGCAGACCAGGCCCCCGGUGUACGACUUGUUCCGCACGCGCAACAUGCGGGAGAGGAUGUGUCUCCUGUCCUUCGUGAGAUUUGCAAACUUCAUACCCUUUUACGGCCUGAACCUCCACCUGCAGCAGCUGGGGAGCAACGUUUUCCUGUUCCAGGUUCUCUUCGGCGCUGUCACCCUCCCGGCCAACUACGUGGCGCUGCUGGCGCUGAACCACCUGGGCCGGAGGGCCAGCCAGGCGCUGUUCCUGGUCCUGCUGGGCAGCUCCAUCCUGGCCGUCACGUUUGUGCCUCUAGAUAUGCAGACCCUGCGUGUGGCUCUGUCAACGUUGGGAGUCGGAUUUUCUUCGGCCGCUAUCAUGUGCUCUCUUGCCCACGGGAAUGAACUAAUCCCCACCGUAAUCAGGGCAACAGCUUCGGCAAUCAUCGGAAUGGCUGGCAACGCUGGGGCGGCCCUGGCGCCCCUCUUGAUGAUCCUGACGGUGUACUCUGCCCACCUGCCCUGGCUCAUCUACGCCGCCGCCUCCUUCAUCCCCUGCUUUGUGGUCUUCCUCCUUCCUGAAACCAGGAAUCAGCCUCUGCCCGACUCCAUCCAGGAUGUGGAAAGGGAGUGA